GCGAUAAAUCGGCAUCCUCCUGAAUAUUCAUGAAGCCCGAAGCAGCCUCAGUAUCGUGGUCGGCUGGCUGCGCGCUGUUGUUGCUGUGGUUUGAAGAGCGGAAAGGGUUUUUUGGGGUCGUGUUUUUAGGGGGUGGGGGUGUCUCACUCUCCGUGACCUCGACGGGCGCUCUCGCGCUGUCUCUGGAAGUCUGAGAGCAGCUUUUAUCGUUUCUGACUUUGCGCGGUCGGUUCUUAAUGGAGCUGAGCGGCGCUGUGAAAGCCUGGAGCAGCAGCAGCAACAGCAGCAGUCCGGAGGCAAAGCAGCGCGGCGGGGCCGUGUAGACCUGACUGACAGGUGGAGGCAGGCAGGUUCUGGAGGUGCUGUAUGUAGCGCAGCGCCGUUCCGCGGUGUCAUGCGCUCCAGUGCGGGGUUAGGGAGCGCGGGCUACUGGGGGGCAUCGUGCGGCCACUGAGAAGCAGCAGCAGCAGCGGCAGCGGCUUCCGUUCUCAGACACGCGGUGUGUGGUGCUGAGAGCGGGUGGCUGAGACUGACCGGAUGGACAGGCUGCACUCCUCCAUGCGCAAAAGGCUGUACAGUCUGCCCCAGCACAUCGGCCACAGAGCUGCGGGCAUGGGGGACGGCGAGGACGGGGACAAGGACGCGCGCAGGAAGAGCCUGCGGAUGAAGGCGCUACCCUCGGCCGGCGCCGCGGAGCCCCGGAGCGCGGACCCUGCCGUAGCCGAGACGGACGUGGGGCGGGCGGCCAAGGCGAGCUCCAACGGGGACUGCCGGCGUUUCCGCGAUAGCCUGUCGUCUCUGGCCGGCCGCCACGUGCACGAGCCCGAGCCGCCGGCCGAAGAGAAGCGCCUGAUCGCGGAGACAGACGCCAGCAGCCCCAGCGAGGAGUGCAGCCCCCCUGGGCCGUGCGGAGGGACGCCGAGGGGCGCGGGGGGCUUCGGGGCAGCUGCUGGAGCCGCUGGAGCUGAACAGCAACAGCAGCCUGCCUUCGUCAAGCUGGACGGAAUCGAGCACAUCUUAGCGGACGACGAGAGGUUUUACCAGGAGGGCGGCUUCAUGCACAGGCAGUUCGGAGCCAUGCUCCAGCCCGGGGUCAACAAGUUCUCCCUCAGGAUGUUCGGCAGCGAGAAGGCCGUCGAGCGCGAGCAGGAGCGGGUUAAGUCUGCUGGCUUCUGGAUCAUCCACCCCUACAGUGACUUCAGGUUCUACUGGGAUCUCACCAUGUUGCUGCUGAUGGUGGGAAACCUCAUCAUCAUCCCUGUGGGCAUCACAUUCUUUAAGGACGAGCACACUCCACCCUGGAUUGUCUUCAAUGUGGUCUCGGACACCUUCUUCCUCAUGGACCUGGUGCUUAACUUCCGCACAGGCAUUGUGAAGGAGGACAACACGGAGAUUAUUCUGGAUCCGCAGCAGAUUAAGAUCAAGUAUCUCCGCUCGUGGUUUGUGGUGGACUUCAUUUCCUCCAUCCCAGUGGACUACAUUUUCCUGAUUGUGGAGACACGGAUAGAUUCGGAUUUCUACAAGACAGCGCGAGCUCUCAGGAUUGUACGUUUCACAAAGAUACUCAGCCUGUUACGACUGCUGAGGCUGUCCAGGCUCAUACGCUACAUUCAUCAGUGGGAAGAGAUUUUCCAUAUGACGUACGACUUGGCCAGUGCGAUGGUGAGAAUCGUGAAUCUGAUCGGUAUGAUGCUGCUGCUUUGUCACUGGGACGGCUGCCUGCAGUUCCUCGUGCCCAUGCUGCAGGACUUCCCCGCUGACUGCUGGGUCUCCAAAAACAAGAUGGUGAACGAUACGUGGGGACAGCAGUACUCUUACGCCCUCUUCAAAGCCAUGAGCCACAUGCUUUGCAUCGGAUAUGGCAUGUACCCGCCGGUCGGCAUGACGGAUGUGUGGCUGACCAUCCUCAGCAUGAUCGUGGGAGCGACGUGCUACGCCAUGUUUGUGGGUCACGCGACGGCGCUGAUCCAGUCACUUGAUUCAUCACGCAGGCAGUAUCAGGAGAAGUAUAAACAGGUGGAGCAGUAUAUGUCCUUCCAUAAGCUGCCGGCUGACAUGCGACAGAGAAUCCAUGAUUAUUAUGAGCACCGUUACCAGGGCAAGAUGUUCGACGAGGAGAGCAUCCUGGGGGAGCUGAACGAGCCGCUGAGGGAGGAAAUUAUCAACUUUAAUUGUCGGAAGCUGGUGGCUUCAAUGCCUCUGUUUGCCAAUGCUGACCCGAACUUUGUGACCUCCAUGCUAACGAAGCUCCGCUUUGAGGUGUUCCAGCCAGGAGACUACAUCAUUCGGGAGGGAACCAUCGGCAAGAAGAUGUACUUCAUUCAGCAUGGCGUGGUCAGCGUGCUCACCAAAGGCAACAAGGAGACCAAACUCUCUGAUGGGUCCUACUUUGGCGAGAUCUGUUUGCUGACCAGAGGAAGGCGUACGGCCAGUGUCCGGGCAGAUACCUACUGCCGCCUGUACUCUCUCUCCGUCGAUAACUUCAAUGAAGUGCUGGAGGAAUACCCCAUGAUGAGGAGAGCCUUUGAGACAGUCGCUCUGGAUCGCCUGGACCGCAUAGGAAAGAAGAAUUCUGUCUUGCAGCACAAGGUCCAGCAUGAUUUGAACUCUGGCAACCUAAACUACCAGGAGAAUGAGAUCAUCCAACAAAUUGUCCAGCAUGACAGAGACAUGGCGCACUGUGCCCACCUGAUGCAAAACCAACCUCCUCCUGCUCCUCCAUCACCUACUCCUGUCAUCUGGGCUCCACUCAUUCAAGCUCCCCUCCAAGCUGCUGCAGCAACAACAUCGGUUGCUAUUGCCUUGACCCACCACCCUCACCUCCCUGCCGCUCUUUUCCGCCCCUCAGCCUCUGUUUUGGGUUCUAUGAAAGACCCUUCGAGCUGCUUGAAGCGGUUUCAGGUUGUACCCACAUCAGCAAGUCCUGGUUCAGCUGGAGAUUCUCCUUCCAGCACGCCUCCAAAACCUCGUGCCGGAGCAGACACCCCCCUACUUGCCACUUUUCGGGCCCACCACUCAACAGGGCCUGCAGCGUCGGGCAGCGCCAGUCAGCAGGCCUUUAGCAGCGGCGGCGCAUCUCAUCCUGGAAUCACCGGAGCUUCCACGUUCACAAUGUCCGGCAACUUCUCCUCUUCUGCAUCUCCCACAUCGAGCACUGCACAGCUCCAUCCUCCCCCAAAACACAAGCAGCCUUUUCCCCCAAGUACUCCCUCGCUGACUACCCGUCUCCAGCAAGGUGGGACAGGUGGAACAGCAGAUGGCUCAGGUGUCGGAAUGUUGUCUGGAGCGGUGGGUGGGACAGUGGGUGGUGCAUCAUGUGGAGUGACCUCAAGCGGUUCCAUUGGAAAUGCAUUAGUUGGUGCAACGUGUGGUCUUCUGACCACAACAUCUUCAAAUAGUAGCCCUCUGUCCACCGGAUCAUUCAGCCAUACUCCCAGUCAGCUUCUCCACGGUCAACAAUCUCAAAAACCCACGCAGAUGGGCUCGCUGCAGCAGUUUGCAGGCGGAGGUGGCAGGACUUCUAGUGUGCUAAACCUCUUCCACACACCCCCACCUGGAUCACCGUCGUCCAGCCAUGCCCACAUUGCCCAGGCCCCUGAAGGCUCACCAUCGUCAAAUAUCCAAUCCACCUUGUCCAGCUUGCGGUCCAGCUUUCUCCCUCAGUUGCCUUUAGAAAGGUCAGCGUUAGCUUCGUUAGCUCAGUAUGGCUCAGCUAAUGCGUCUCCCUGUUACACUCCCCUAGCCCACAGCCCUACAAUCCAAAGCCCUGUCCUUGGCAGGACUUUUCACUACAGUGACCCUUCCAGUACAGCUGGUUCCAACAGUUCUCUGCUCAUGCCCCAGUCCUCCUGCCCUGGUCAACUACCAGGCCACCACGCCUCGGGGACCGAGUCUCCGCUAAGCCGUUUCUCUGAGGAUAUGAAACUGUUAUCUAGCUCUCAUCCCUCGCUAACGGGAGAAAUAGGCAAGGCUCUGGGUCAUCAGUCAUCCCUUCGAUCCUCCAUGGAUCCUGGUUAUUGCCUUUCCCCUUACUCGUCUCUGACACUGGCGCCUAAGCCCUGUAGCUCUGUAUCAGGGCACAUCGCUCCCCCAGCACAGACUCCUCCCGGGUCACGGCACCACAUUCACUCCCCUGGGACUUCACCUUCACUUCCACCCCGGAGGUCCUCCGAGGCCCGACCGUCCGAACUGGAACCUCUCUGCUCUAAGCUCCCCUCCAAUUUGUGAGGCUAGAUCACACCCUCCUACUCACCCUGGACCUGUAACUGAGUAAUAACAAUCUUCUACUGUGUGACACUUACGUUUUCUUUCUUUACCUAUCUAUCUAGACUACACUGUGUUUUAAUCUUAAUUAUUUUAGAUCUAUCUAAAUAUUACUGUGAUUAAAAAGAUUAAGGCUUAACCAUGUUAAAUUAGAGCUCUAGAUUACUCUUAUUUUGUUUUGCUUUGUCUUUCUCUCUUUUUUAUGCAUUAAUAUAUAUGUGGAAGACAUGUAUUUAAACAGUAUACUGUAUUAAUCAACUGAUAGGAGGGUGUGAAAUGCUACAUACACCAACAUUCAAGGAGGUCUGUUUUGUAUCUAUGCCAAGUUCAUUAGGUUAGUGUUUUUGAAAUGGACAUCGCUGGAGGACUCUUUUGCAGGAAUCUAUGCACUGAAUCCUGCAUGUAAAAAAACAAUGAACUUUUUUUCUGUUCUCAGAUCUACCUUUUUAGUAAAAUAACAUUGAAGGAGGGGAUCUCUUUUAUCACUACACCCUAUCCAGGAUCACAUAUUGUUGAUCCUUAAAUGUGUCCAUGGGAUUCUAUGUAUUUAUUCACUGUAUAAACUUUGCAAAGCCUUCCAAGGUGGAGAAGAAAAUGUAGGCAAGCCAAAAAUAUUUUUCUCUUUAGUAAUUAAGUAAUACACUUCUUAGGCUUACACAUUGUUGAUUUCCAUUUUAAACACAAUAUUGUAGUAAUGUUGGAAUGGGAGACUGGGAGAACAGAGGAAGAAGUUUAGUAUCCUAACAAAUUCACUUUUGUCUUCCAGGUUAAUGUGGCAGGUUUUGGACAAGAAUUGCAUUAGACUGAUGAACGGCAUGGAAACCCCUGUGUGUGUGUGUGUGUGUGUUUCUAAAAUGGCCUGAUGCAAGCAACAAUCAUGUUGGAUCAGGAUUAGCUUUGCCUUUUUACUAGAAAAAAAAACUUCCAUUAAAGACUGUGUGUAGAUGGUUCGACACCUCACACGAAUUCUGCAGAGCCAGCAACAAGCCAGAAUUAAAUGAGAUUACUGGAUGUAGCAUAUACAUCAUUUCUUCUCUUUGACAGCUUUCGGUAAAAUAAUAACCUUUUUAUUUAUUUAUUAACAAAUAUCUGUUUGUAUUUAUUUGUAUCAUACCUAGCUGCUGAAUCAUCUAUUCAUGACAGCAGUAAGUCAGGUGAAUGUUGGAAUUAGGAGGAUGACUGACCGUAAAAAAAGGAAUAGAUGGUAUAAAUAUCUGUUCAGCUUGGAGCAUUGCUCCCUCACACACUCAAACAUUACACAGCAUCCUCUUAGACAGCUGGGUCCCAAUUUGAGUCAGUGCUUCAGCUACAGUGUCCCGAUGUUACAAGACAGCCUCACACCUCCAUUAUGAGCCCUGACAUUAGCUAAUCCUUACAGGCGUUCUUGAACAUGCAGCUCAAAAAUAUGUAAAAAAGGCUAAAAUCAGGCUUAAGAGAUGUUAAGACCACUCAUACAUAAAGCGAUUUACACUGAUUAUCCAGUAAUAAGGGUGCAUGUCUUAACCUAGGAUAUACAUUAGACAGUGCCUGAACGGUUGGGUCUCAUCGUCAUCAUGUUGGAUGCAAGAGAAAUGGUCAAAUAAGAAGACCUGUCAGACUUUGAGGAGGACCAGAUUGUUAUAAGCAGACAACUGGGCUGGAGCAUCUCCAAAAUGUGUUGGACGUGUUGGAUGCGUGAUGCUGUGGGCAACUACCAACAGAGGUUUAAGAACCCAGAGACAGGAUAUAAGAGAUAGCUCAUCAGUGUAGGAGGACAACGAAGACUAAUCCAUCUGAGUGGAAGUCAGAAGGGCUAGUGUGGUGCAAGUCUCAGAAAUGUUUAAUGAUGUGUAAUUAGAUGAGGAAUGCUUUACAACACACGUCGCCCAGCACCUCCACCCCACCCCGCUGUGUAUCUCUAAACCAAUCAGAAAGCCCAUGCUAAUACCUGUCCAUCAUCAGAAGUGCCUAUAGUGGACUGGACCUUAGAGUAACAGAAGAUUGCUGAUGUUUUGGCCCUGUUUUGUAUACUCUUACUUUAUCUCUUAGUUUGAGAAUCUGCUGCUAAUGUCUUUGUGCUAUUUUCCACAGAGCACCUUCACACGUCUUGUAGAGAAAGCUAACGGACAGUGAUGCUAACAGACUGCACUGUGUGAGAUAUGUGUCCAGUGGCAGAAACUGUAGGUAAUACACAGAUAAUGAAAAUCACGAAUAUCUUGUAAAUGAUUAAAAAGUAAUAAUUGUUUCCAGACUGACUGAGUCAAGUUCACAAGUUGUGAAAAUCUUUAAACUUUUGAGCAGCAAGCGAUGCUGGAGAGAGAGAGAGGUACAAAUACAAGGAGACACUGAUGUAUUGAGGGGUUGCUGUGUAGCGACAGACAGUCAGUGGCUUGACAUGUAGACGAGGACCCUGUGGACUACUCGGGAUGACGAGCUUGUAGCAGAGAGGCCUUUAGAGGCUCCACAGCAAGUUAUGAUUGUCUCUGAGCACUUGUGGAAAUUUCACAAGGAGGACAAGUAUUGAUUGCAUUAUUGGACACAGCUUUUAGAGGUUUUGAGAGCUAGUUAGAGAGUUUUUGGUCCGACUGAGCAGAAAAAAAGAAUCUGAAAGGGCUAGGGGGAAAAAGAGCGAGUGAGAGUGAUUGAUUAGAGGGUACUCUGACCCGACCGAGAAACCUGGUCAUUAGCAGAGAUAAGGACUGCAGAGCAUCAAUAAAAGCAGCCUGCAGCUGUCAAUCAAAAGCGCCUGUCACUCUGGCCCUGUGUCAUGUCUCAGCUCACACCUCUCAGACUGAGCGACUCCAUCUAUCACACCACACUCCUCACAGGACAGUGUACACACUGUACCUCAGAGCUGCACUAUCACACUAACCAGUACAUUUACAUAUCUACACCUACAACUACAACUCAACCUUAACUUAACCUGACCCUCAACCUUAUCAUUUUGGUUCUUAAACAGAUCCUAGUGAUAUAUGUACAUUUCUUAUAAGAGCUAAUUGCUCUAAAGAAAAGGCCAGAGCGCUUUUUGAUAAACAAUAGAAGGCAGCCAAUCAGAAAUGACUAUAUGUUGAUAUAUCAGGUCAAAAUGCAAAGUGGCGAAAAUUGACACCUUAAGGCAAACAUUUAAUUUGAGCAUUAUGUACUGUGGGUCAAAACGCUGCUACCACACUAUAAAACUUUGGUUGUAAAAUCUACCUUAAAGUCCACAAGGUUUUUCACCACACUGUCCUUUACUGUCCUUGAGGAGGAGCUCAAAAUUCAGUUUGUAUUAACGACAUAUAAGUGCACCACUGUAGCAAAAAAUACCAAUUUUCACAAUAUGCUGCUUUAAUAGAGGUUGGAAAAAACAAUUUCAUCUGGUUUUGGAAUUUGAACCUACACAAACCUCAUAAGUAGAUUUCAUGGUAAAGGAUGCCCCUUAAAUCAUAAUCCCAUAAGACCCGGGACUGCAUUUAUGAUUUGUGAAGUAAUCUAAUCCUCAAUUUACAGCCUACAGUCUGUCUACGCUCGAGUCAAAAGGGCCUCGCGUCAAACGCAGCCUCGCAAAAACACCCAUACGCACUUCAGCUCCAGCAAGAAGCCAAAACAUGGAGAGAAUCCACCUGGCAGCGCCCGCUUUUCCGAUUCACAGUGGUUUUCAUAGCACAACACAAACUGAUUCCAAUUGGGAGCAUUCCCAAUUUCAGCACCUAAUCUGGGCCUUGCUUUUGUGCUGUGGUUCCGCUCGUGGGAGCGCUCGUGAAGCACUGGUGCAGGCAGUAAUGAAAUCAGUCGCAGUGAUUGAGGAUUAGAUUUCCCACUAACAGGGUUGAGUCUCGGAGAUGGGAGGUGGUUGGAGACUGGUGCGUGUGGUGGCUGGCACCAUCAUUUCUUAUUUGUGUGCACAAAUUCAUUUUGGGCGACGACUAGCGGAAACACAGUGGUGAAUGUGGAGUUAACAUAAGUAACCCAGGUUAAGGGGGGUUGGAGAUCAACCCCACCCUGUAACUGGGAAAACAGGAACUGGCUUUUCCUGCUCCAGGUCCUGUUUUUAAACCCAUACAAAAAUAUAUAUUAUAUAAACAUAUUACAUUACAGAUAUACACCAUAAUGUGUAUAGAUAUGUUCAGACACCCAACACAGCACAUCUGUAAUUAAGUUAAGAUUUCUGAACAAUGAGUUUUAUCCUGAUGAACCAUCAGUAGACUGUUUAGAUUAAUGGCUUCAGUGUUACAGACAUUUCUACCCUUGUGGCUGCAGGUAUUCUACAUCUUUUUGUUGUAGCGACGUGUUUUAUAACCCUGAAGAAAUUUUCUUUCUAAUUAUUACAGGCAGUGAUGCAAAACUGUCAGAAUCAGGUUCUGAAUUAUACUGUUAAAAUGGGACACCAUAGAUAUUCUGACUUUGUAGGAAACAUUGUUUAUUACCUGCGCACUGCAUUAUCCCUUACAGUCCACUGCAUAUUCCACCUUAUAGCAGUUAGAUACAGCAUAGCAUCCAGUGCCUGACAAUAACCAUGAUCAACCUUGUGUACAAUACAAGGUCCCAUGACUACCAGACAGUUACAUCAUCCUCUAAUGACCAUGUUAUUCUAUGGAAGGCAGUAUACCCUAAAGACGUUCUGACUGCACUCUGACUAAAAUAUUUAAACGGAGUGCGGGUCAUUAGCACAGGCUGGAAACUAGAGCCGUUCUUCAUCUUUUUUAAUCUUCUUCGUGAUUUUCCUGCCUCCACUUUUCAGACAAUAGUGCCUGAUUUGAGCCUAUGAGAUAUGACUAUAUUCUACUGCAACAAGAACAUGGACAUUCAUACAUUACCGUAUUUUUCAGACUAUAAGGCCGCUGGAUGAGGCGCACCAUCAGUUAAC